CCUACACCCCCAAAGAAGAGCCAACCAGAGCAGCCCCAUGGCGGCUCAACUGGCCCUGGUGAUUGGGGGCAUCAUUGGGGGACUGCUGCUGGUGCUGCUGAUCGGGGUGAGCUGCUGCCUGUGGAGAAGGCUCUGUGUCACGUUCACCUAUGAGGAGUUGCCAGAGUCACCAGCCAUGACCACUACCACUGCUGCCUCCAAUAGCCCUGGGGACAGGUGCUGCCAGCCACAUGGGGAGGGCCAGCUGCACAGGCCACCAAAUGUGCCAUUUGUGGUGCCUCCUUCUCUCCAAGGCCGAGACUGGGUGCCCCUGGACAGCCGAGAUAGGGCUCAGGCCCCACAGGACCCCAGCCCAGCCCCCAAGCUCCCAUCUCACACUUCCACUGACAGCCUUGGAAAGGCAUGUGUGGUGGGAGCCAUCAACCCAGAGCUGUACAAGUUCUCUGAGGACACAAGUGAGACUGACUUCCCAGCUGGCUGCCUGGGCAGGCUGUGGUUCUCGGUGGAGUAUCACCAGGAGGCUGAAAGGCUGCUGGUAGGCCUGAUCAAGGCACGGCAGCUGCAAGCUCCCUCUGAGACCUGCAGUCCCCUGGUGAAGCUCCACCUGCUGCCUGAUGAGCGACGCUUCCUUCAAUCCAAGACCAAACGCAAAACUUCCAACCCGCAGUUCGAUGAACACUUCAUCUUCCAGGUGUCUAGCAAGAGCAUCACCCAGAGAGUGCUGAGGUUCUCAGUGUACCACGUAGACAAACAGAGGAAACACCAGCCCCUAGGCCACGUGCUGUUCCCCCUGAAGACUGAGACCCUGGCAGGUGACUGCCGCAGGAUCAUCUGGAGAGACCUGGAGGCUGAGAGCCUGGAGCCUCCCUCGGAGUUUGGCAACCUCCAGUUCUGCCUUGGCUACAAUGACUACCUGAGCCGCCUGACCGUGGUUGUGCUGCGUGCUAAGGGCCUCCAGCUCCAGGAACACAGGGGUGAUGUCAGUGUAUAUGUCAAACUGUCUCUGAUGAACCACAACAAAUUUGUCAAGUGCAAGAAGACUUCGACUGUCCUGGGCUCCAUCAAUCCUGUGUACAAUGAGACCUUCAGCUUCAAGGCUGAUGCUGCCGAGCUGGACACAGCCAGCCUCAGUCUGACGGUGUUGCAGGACACUGAAGGGGACAAGAGCCACCCACUGGGCCGUGUGGUGCUAGGCCCCUACAUGUACUCCCGAGGCAGGGAGCUGGAACACUGGAAUGAGAUGCUCAACAAGCCCAAGGAACUGGUGAAGCGCUGGCAUGCGCUCUGCAGCCCCUCUGAGCCAUGA